AUGGGUGUCCCUGGCUUGUUGGGUUUGGCUGCUUGGAGCUUCUAUGUCCUAGUCUUGGCAGUUCAGCCUCAUCAAGCACAUGGCUCAAUUCGUGGUUCCUUUGGCCUAAACAAAGAUGCUGUAGCUUCACCAGAGAAUGGUCUAUGCGCAUCUUCAGUGACUGUACAUGGCUACAAAUGCGAGGAGCAUGAAGUGACAACCAAAGAUGGGUAUAUACUCAGUGUGCAAAGGAUCCCAGAAGGUCGUGUUGGGGGUACUGCUGGGACUAAGAAGCAACCAGUCUUAACUUUAAUACAACAUGGGGUUACUGUCGAUGGAUUGACAUGGCUUCUGAAUUCUCCAGAGCAAAAUCUACCAUUAAUUUUAGCUGAUAACGGGUUUGAUGUGUGGAUUUCUAACACCAGAGGGACCAGAUUAAGCCGACGACAUGUCUCCUUGGUCCCUAGCCAACCAGCUUUCUGGAAUUGGUCAUGGGAUGAAUUGGUUUCCUUUGAGCUACCAGCUCUUUUUGACUAUGUGUAUGGCCAAACAGGGCAGAAGAUUAAUUACGUGGGCCAUUCCCUGGGAACUUUAACAGCUUUGGCAUCCUUCUCGGAAGGUAAACUAGUGAACCAGCUGAAAUCAGCAGCAUUGUUGAGUCCUAUUGCUUAUUUGAGCCACAUGAAAACUGCACUUGGCAAUAUUGCUGCCAAAUCCUUUGUUGGUGAGAUCGGCAGGCUAUUUGGUCUAGCAGAGUUCAAUCCCAAAGGGGAAGCUGGGGGUGACUUUCUCAAGUUUCUAUGUGAUAAUCCCGGGGUUGACUGCUCCGACUUACUAACCGCAAUAGCUGGGAAAAAUUGCUGCCUUAAUUCCUCAACCGUUGAUCUCUUCCUGAUGAAUGAACCUCAGCCAACAUCAAUCAUGAACAUGGUGCACCUUUCUCAAACUGUUAGAGAUGGUGUUGUGGCAAAAUACAACUAUGGGAGGCUUGACUAUAAUUUGAUGCAUUAUGGGGAAGCCGUGCCACCAAUUUAUAACCUCUCCAACAUUCCCCAUGACCUUCCUAUGUUCCUUAGCUAUGGUGGCCAAGAUGCACUCUCUGAUGUCCUAGAUGUUGAACAUUUACUUGAUGAUUUAAAGUCCCAUGAUGUAGACAAACUCUCAGUUCAGUUCAUCAAGGAUUAUGCUCACGCAGAUUUCAUCAUGGGAGUGAAUGCCAAGGACGUCGUUUACAGUAAAGUGGUUCAAUUUUUUAAGCGCCAACACUAAUGAUCCUUGAUGGAGGCCUCGGUUGUGUGAUCAACAUUAAUUAUCUAGUUUAUAUUUAUUACUAGGUAAAUUACCUAGCUAGUAAUAAAGGGAAGUGACUCUGCUUCUAAUUGUGGCGGUUUCGGCCUUCGGCUCUGCUCUACUGUUGCAUGGCCAAUGAAGUUUUUUAUUUUAAAUUUAAAUUUAAUUUUUGGUGUCUUUAGUGCAUUCAAACUAAGGACAAAAUUAUUUAGUUUAUAAUUUAUU